AUGAACGAUUUGAUGAUGCUAGCAUGGAGGGAGGGAGCUCAAACCGCGACGGAGAAGUACAGUACCCUCUUGGAUCGUGGCAAAUCACAUGCCCACACAGUCUUCUCCCGGUUUAAGACGAGGAAGACCAACCCGUUAGGGAUCAAGGGCCAAUUUAAUCUAAUUGCAAGAGCCCUAAGAGGCAGCCAUGUGGCUUGGCCUGGUUACAUUAUUAAUUUACCUGAGGAAACGCAAGGCGAAUGCAAUCUGACCGAAUCGUUUCCAACAGGAAGUAGUACGAUUGAUACUUUUGCUCCACCUACGAUCACUGAGCAGUAUACGAUUGAGGUAGACUUUUUUGAGCUUGCAGUCUCUGACGCGCGUGAGGGCCGGGGGAGCGUGUUUGGAGAUGGCACAGAGCCUUCAGCGGGGGGAAAAGGACAGUUACUUGUGACUAAGAACUGGCUACGUCAUAAGGUUGUUUUUAGUGAAUUAAAUAACCUCGCUUACGUCGUAACUUUUAGUAAAAAGUUGAGAAGUACGAGCAGCUUCAAUCAAACCGUAACUCAAUCCAAACAAAAGUAUAUGAUAAUCGAAUCGUACUACUUCCUGAUGGAAACGCUGAUCAUGUGGUUGGGCGACGAAGAGGAGACGGAUGCGGAUGCUACUGCUAUUAUUUCUUCUCUGUACUACUCCGCUCUCGGGACAGAGCUGACUGUCAAUCACCAUGUAACACUGUUUGCUUUUGGAACUUGUAUACUUCUACGUGCUCCAAUCAUCAGUGCCAUGAGAGCUUGCCAGCGAGAUGCAGGGGCAAUUGAGAAGACCUUCCAUCAGCAUGGGAACGGAUCUGUGUUAGAUGACUUGGAGAGAUCUAUGUGGGCACAAGCAUGCCUAAUCGAGCCUUUCUUGAGCCCUCCCCGAGUCCGGUUUUGGCCCUGGGCCACUGAUCCUCGAGACAACUCUUUUUGGCAAUUAGGUCUGAUGCAUCUUGACGUGACGUCACUAGUCCCAAUAACUACUGUACAGUCUGUUGAAGUUGGCAGUCUAUUCAAGACUGGCAUCUGCAGUCGCUCAUAUCACCCAAUCUUUAGAUGUCCUACGGUGUUGUACGCCGUCUUUUGUAUCAGAUAUCUGGCUUCGGUAGAAAUAUAUCCAGUAUCUGCGGCGCUACAAAGCGGGCAUAGUUCCAGUGACGACAUUCCAAUUAUCCGUUUAAAUCAUGAUCCACACAUUAAUUGCCGAGGCUACAUCAUCGACGUGAUUGAGAGCGUUGCAACUCUAUUAUCACCCCAUAUCGAAAUCCCCAAUGCCUCAGCUCCGCACCAAUCUUCCACCACAAUUCAUAUCACCAACCCUUCACACUCCGUAACUUACGCGCCAAACACCCCACUGCCCAAACAUCUCAGGGACUAUCUCCGAUUCCGCGACUACCACCUGGCACCCGAUCUCUACAUUCUCCAUCCACGACCACCUCUUCCAAUCCUUCUUCCCCCAAAUCCCCGAUCACACCGCCGCUCAACUAAACCUAAAACUGCGCUACCAUCUCCAACUCACUGGUAUGUUGGGUUAGUGCCCGAUUCUGUGAGGGAGGGUGACGUACUGGCUAUGGUGGUUGAGUGCAGUUCUGAUGGCUUUGGGGAGGGAAGGAAGGUGUUGGAAGGUUGUUGGGGAAGUAUAUGUGGAGGGUUAUGUAAGGAGGGGGAUGGGAGUGGGGCGUUUGCAAAGAUGACGAUUUGGGAUUUGCUAAGGAUUUCAGAGGUGGCUAGGGUAGGCUUGGCUAGGCUAGAUGUGGGCCUCCGUAUCGUAUAUUCUAAGAUUUUGGGUUUAGAAUCCUGA